AUGGUUGUGGGUAAGAUGAAGUUCACUUUUCAGAAAAGGGUCAAGCUGGCCCAGGGCUUGUGGCUGCUCUUAUGGUUGGCAACUCUGGGUGGAGCAGUUACCUUCACUUUAGGAUGCUUCCUAAAGACUGAGCUUCGAAGGAGGGGAGAGGUACUGGACAACACAGACAUCCACUGUGUGCCCAACACCUUGAUGAUUGUGGGUCUUGCUUCAAUGGUCAUCAAUUACUUUGCCAGUCGAAUCUGCCAAGAUGCCCUAGAUCCUGGGUGUUUCCCACGAUGGAAGACCUUCCUGAAGCCCUAUUUUGUAUGCUCAGUAUUCUUCACCACCCUUAUGCUGAUUUCAGUCAUCUUGAGUUACGCCAUGAAGGGCAGCCUGGAGACCUCCCUGAAAAUCAGCUUGGAGAAUGGCAUCCGCUUCUACGAGGACACCGACACUCCAGGCUGCUGCUUCCAGAAGCAGACCAUUGAUCACCUUCAGAUGGAGUUCCAAUGCAGUGGUAAUAACGACUACAAGGAUUGGUUUGAGGUGCAGUGGAUCAGCAACCGUAACCUGGAUUUCAGAUCAAAGGAAGUUAAGGACCGCAUUAAGAGCAAUGUGGAUGGCCGUUACUUGGUUGAUGGUGUGCCCUUUAGUUGCUGUAACCCUAGUUCUCCCAGACCCUGUAUCCAGUACAAAAUCACCAACAACAACUACGACCACCAGACCGAAGAACUCAACAUCUUCAUUCAUGGUUGCAGAGAAGCCCUGGUAAACUAUUACAUGGGGCUGAUGAACACCUUUGGAGCUGUAGUUCUGUCUGUCUUCCUGCUUCAGGUACUCCAUACUGCACUUGUG